AUGCAACCCUCGGCCUCCCAGCCGGUCGCCGUGCAGAGCUCUUCGUCGGCCCGGCGCCUCAUCGGCCUCGCGCCCUCCCUGCCCAAGCCCUACGACUCUCCCGUGCCCGCGGCGCACGUGCCGCUCGUCGCGCCGCCGGACACCUGGCAAGUGAGCCCGCCCACGCGGCCGCGCGCGCCGCCGCCUCCGCCGCCGAGCCUCUCCAUGCCCCCGGCGUACAACCGGCCGACCUACUCGAGCAGCAACUGCUACGCGCCCAAGUUCACGGCCGCGCGCCAGCCGCGGCCGCUCGACGCCCCCGGCAAGCCGCUGUCGCUCGGGUUGCAGCCGCAGCUCCCCGAGGCCUUUGACGAGCACGGCCUCGACUCGCCCGGAGGCAUCCACGCGCUCAACGAGGACCUCGCGCGUGGCAUGUACCACCCGUACCGCGCGACGCUCAACUCCGAGGACGCCUCGAGCAGCAGGCACAACGCCUACCACGUCGACUACGCCGUGCACCCGACGCUCAAACCCCGGCUCCCCCCGGUCCUCCCCUCGGCGACCGUCUCCAUCGACGGCAGCCCGCACAUCAGCCAGUUGGACUCGCGGCGAAAAGACCUGGCCAACUUCGCGACGGGCCACGUCUUCCUCGAGACCUUCUCCUCGCCCGAGACCGACGCGUACUCGCCGGCGACCAUGUGA